UUGCUUAGUCCAGUCCUUCUUGGAGAAGGGAAACAAGACAGGAUGAUGGCUGGGAGCAUUUCUUAGUAUCUACUAUUUCUCUUUCAGUUCAACAGGAGAAGCAGAUAGAAUAGUGAAAAAAAGCACAGCAAGGCUCUGAAGAAAUGUGUUUGAAAAUCUACAGAGUUCUUCAGGAAUAGAGCAUCUUUUGCAGCUGAGGCUCUAAAGUACUGGAGGACACUGCAUCUUCCUCAGGGACAAGGACAAGGGUGAGCUGGAGCCUCUGGGAAGCUUAGAAAGGAGUUGCCUUUGGCCACCUGAGGAACUUGCUGCCACACCAAUGUUGCUCUGAAACGAGUUGUGUCCGACAUUCAGAACUAUCAGGUUUGGUAAGAUGCCUCAGGAACAGUACGCACACAGGAGCACCAUGCAGACCUCGGAAGGACCCCAGGUAUACAAAGUGGGCAUUUAUGGCUGGAGGAAGAGAUGCCUCUAUUUCUUUGUGCUGCUCCUAAUGAUUUUAAUCCUGGUGAACCUUGCUAUGACCAUCUGGAUUCUGAAGGUCAUGAACUUCACAAUUGAUGGAAUGGGGAACCUGAGAAUCACGGACAAGGGUCUAAAGCUAGAAGGAGAUUCAGAAUUCUUGAAACCUCUCUACGCCAAAGAAAUCCGGUCGAGACCAGGCAACCCACUGUACUUCCAGUCUGCCAGAAACGUUACGGUGAACAUCCUCAAUGACAAGACUAAAGUCCUAACUCGACUUGUAACAGGUCCCCAAGCAGUGGAAGCACACAGCCAAAAAUUUGAGGUGAAAACCCUCUCUGGAAAAUUGCUGUUUUCUGCAGAUGACAACGAAGUGGUAGUUGGAGCAGAGAGGUUGAGAGUUUUAGGAGCAGAAGGCACAGUGUUCCCUAAAUCUAUAGAAACUCCCAAUGUCAGGGCAGACCCCUUCAAGGAACUAAGACUUGAGUCGCCUACGCGCGCAUUGGUGAUGGAGGCUCCAAAAGGCAUCGAGAUCAAUGCUGAGGCUGGCAGCUUGAAAGCCACAUGCAGGACAGAGCUCAGGCUGGAAUCCAAAGAUGGAGAGAUAACGUUGAAUUCUGCAAAAAUCAAACUACCUAACUUGCCUCAAGGAUCUUCCUCUUCUGCAGGGUCCAGGCAAAAAAUCUACGAGCUCUGUGUGUGUCCCAAUGGGAGGUUAUUUCUGUCUCAGGCAGGCACUAGCUCGACCUGCCAGAUAAAUACAAGCGUCUGCCUUUGAGAGACAAUUUGCAGUGGGGCAUCGCAGGCAGCACAAAAGCCAAUUCUGGUCUCACAGAUUGCAGCUGCCAGCUAUUUUUACUAGAACACAGAAAGCCUAUCAAAGACUUUUUUUGUGUGUGCGCGCGCGUGUGUGUGAAUAUAUAUAUAAAAAUAUAUAUAUAAAAAUAUAUAUAUCCUCUGUGUAAAAUGAUGUUUCAGUACAAGGAAUCCCAGGGUGACCCUGUUACAUUUGUGUAGCAUUUUUUUUUUUUUCACACCAAAAUUUAUUGAUACAAUCUGCUGAAUUGGACUUGAUGUUCCCCUGGACCCUUCUGUAUUAAGAUACUCUGAUGAUCACCCCUCGUUAUUGAUCGUGUUCUCAGAGCAAUGGGAUUACUGGCUCAUCAAGGCCAUGGAACCAGUGUAGACCUAGCAACAUAAAAAGGGGAGAGUAGCGUCUCUGAUCACUUUUGCACCAUUUAAUCAGUGGCUUGAGAAAAACAAAAUAGCCAGACAUGCCAUACUGAUGGCCUAGAGUGAUCCAAGAUACCUGAGGUUAAUUUAAACUCUAUAAUUUUCACCUAGAGUAGGGCUCCCUGCUGGGAAAAAUGAAUUUCAUUCCCUGGUUCUUCCCAGCCCUUGGCCAGAAGAGUCCAGAUCUUCUCGCUGGAAUAAAUGUGUUUACUGAAAGAUUAGCCUGUGCAUGGCAAAGGAUGUCUUGGGCUAUUCAGAUGGGACAGUCGGUCUGUGAAGGACUGGUAUUUGAUAGUCUCUUACUUCCCAAGUAGUUUAACAAACCAAGGGGGAAUUAACAAACAUGUGAAGGUCACUGUCACUGGGAGAAAAAUUAAAUCAAAGCCAACUUAGUUAACUUCUCUGAAUCUUACAUUGAAGAUCUCUGAAGAUGUUAUGCUCUUAUCCAGCAUCAACUGGAACACUAACCUAAAGACAUCUCCACGUUAAGAAAACAUUUUAUGUAUGUUGCAAAUAUCAGAGACGCUGACAAACAGAUUUGGGUUUUUUUUGUUUUUUGGGUUUUUUUAGAAUUUAUAAAGAUUGUGACAAAGAUUACUGGAAAGUGAGGGCUUUGGAUGCUGGUUCCUCUAGAACAUUAGCCCCAAAAGCUCUGUGGUUGAAUCUUUUCAUGGAUGCUUUUUUCCAUAUUUAAGUCUAGGAGUCACUUAUGGGCAGGAUAAAACAUGAGAUCUGAUCUGGUAACACUAUUUCCUCUGUUCAGGUUUUCAAAAGUAAUGAGAAGAGCCCGUAUCAUUGAAUUCUGACCCAUAAUUGCAUGUAAAAAUCCUUGAAAAAUUAAUGUGAUAAUUAUCUCAAAAAUACCUAGGUCCCAGUAAAUCUCAUGAGGGCAGCAAGGUUUAUAAGUCACUGAGAUGCUUUUGAAAAUAUCACCUCAUGUGCAAAUAUGACAGAUCUGUGCCCAUCCUAAUGAUAUCUAAGAAAAGCUGACAUUAUUUAAGCAAUUUUCAAGAUAAAAGGUAGCCAAAAGAGAAAGAUUUGAAAAAAUUUAGCAAGUUUCUUUUUUACAUAUUUCCUUGUAUUUUCUUGUGGUCUGAAGAGUACUAGGGUUUGUUGUUGUUUUUUUAAAUGAACAAUUCUGGCCUAAUCCAAAGCUGGCUGGACUCGAUGGAAAGUUUUCCAUUGGCUUUCAUGGACUUUGGGUUAGAAGUUACUGCCUAACAAAGCAACAAUUCUGUCAAAUUUAUACCUGACAGAGGAUUGGAUGAACUACAUUUAUUUCAGUAAUGCUGUCAGAUAAAUUGACAAAUUCAAACUGUUAAUUGAUGAUUCCUGUAAUUAUUAUGUCUUGAGUCAAUGUUUGAAUGCAAUGGGUCACCCAGGGUAACAAUUGUAUUGGGACACAGGACUAUACCAUCUCUGUUCAAAGAGGGGAAUUGUGCCUAUGCCUUAAGUCAAUGCACUCAGCAAGGAGAAGCACAUCAUAUUUAUCUUGUUAUCAAAACUAGUUUAUUUGGGGGGAGGGACAGGAGGGUCUUGUCACCAGGUGUCUUGGGAAGUGGCUGUGCAACAUAAAACAGAUAUUAAUGAAAUGCAUUAAGACUGUAGGGGCAUCUAGUGUGAUACAGAUGUUUUUUUACCAUGUUAAAUAUAGCAAAAUACUGUGUAUGUUACCUCUGGGACCACAACUGAAGUCCCGUUCAUAGUCCCACAUUCACUGUAGAGUUUUUCCUCUGUGUCAUUUUAUGUUGACCUUAUAGCAAGCAUGGCCCAAUUCAUAAACAAAUCCUGUGUGCAGAAGCAUGUGAGCCGUUGGGAAGAAACAUGCUGCAGGAGGAGUCCCCGGUGCAGAGAAGCUGAUUGCAUUAGCCUUCCCUUCCCUGAGGGCUCUGAUGCUAGUGGGAAGCAUUGGUCUGAGCGGAUGAACUGCCUCGGGAAGGACAGUGCUCCCACAGUCCUGUGUUGCACCCCGAGAGACAGGGCAGCUCAGUCUCCAUCCCCUCACCCUCUGGCUGCUCUGCUGAGGAUUUCUGUUCCAGGAACUGCGUUUUCGGUGGCAAGUCUUGUCAGCUGGGCUCUUGGAUGAGAUUGUCACCUUCUUAUUUCAUGAAGGACAUGAAACUGCUUAAGGGCAUUCAGCUAUAUACCAUUUCUUUUUUGUGGAUUUCAAUGGGAGAGCUGUUAGGGAAGAGCCUCAUGCGUCUGUGCCAUCACUGUAAAAGACUAGUUUUUGCAGAAAGAUUCGCUAAGGUGAAUAAAAGGGUACCUUAAUGUCUACAUAAAGGAAUUUCAGUUACUUGAAUAUAUUUUACAAUCCUGUUUCCAUCUUAAAAAGCAUAAAAUGAUAUGCUGUAUUGAAAGACAGGGGUCUGUGUUACAGAGAUUGAACCCAUAUGGAGACUUGUAAAUCAUUUGAGCUCCACUUGAAUUUUAAGGCAAUAGUUUAGAUGAUACCACAUGCUCUUGGGUUAGCUACAGAAUUAAUCUCCUGCUGUUCAGCAAGUGACAAACCAGAGCAAACAGAGCUGCAUGUCUGAGGUCCCAAGGAAAAAAAGGCAUUUUGUUUAAAAAGUAGCAUGCAAAUAUAUCCAGCUAUUUCAUGCUUCAUAGCUCGUUGUACGGGGCCACUGUGGAGACACUAACUCACCUGGGGACAGGCAAAUGCAUGAGACUCCCUCUUCCUCCUGCCUUGUCAGCAGUCCAAUCAGCAGACAUUCAAUAAAGGGGAUGUCUGUGCAGGGCUGCCUUGCUGAUCACUCAGUAUGAUGUGACCUUUGUUAAGUUUAGGUUGCCUAUUCAUUACUCAUAAUUGUUUUACCUGUAUGAGUUGGUUUUUGCGGAGUCCAUUCAAAGUAGAACCUUCCUGGCUGGAAUUUCGUACAUAUGCUCUCCCUACCACAGUUAAAAUACCAAGAAUGCACAAAGGUUUGCAUAUUUCUUUAUGAAUCGGGCCUGUAAUUUAGUUCAGCAUUUGCUAAUAAGGGAGAAUGUGUUUAUCUCGGAUAGGAAUUUAGUUUUUACCUCUCAACACAAAGGCAAGGCUGAGGUGGAUGGUGAAUUUGCUUCUAUUGAAAUCAGUGGAAGAGAUGUCAACAGCUUUGCUGCCUGAGCUAGGCCAGGAUCUUUGCAGGUGAAAAUUCAGGGCACUGAUGCUGAUGGAAAUGCUGCCACUUAUUUCAGUGGCUGCAGGACUGAACCCUGACUCUGCACUGUGUGCGAUUCUGCAUUGCAGCUAUGUGCAUUAAAAACACAUUGAAAUGCUAAUCAAGCAACUGUGAUACUAAUGUCAAUAUACCUUAGGCAACCAUGAGUACUGCAGUUAAAUGCUUUUAUGUAUUUUAACUCUUAAUUUUAUAGGGCUUUGGGACCUUGUUAAGUUUUCUUUAAAUGCCACAGUGAAGUAAGCAGUCAAAAAAUUAACUGGCAGUGCUUGCCUGUAUACCAGUACCUUAUCCAUGCGUGAUGUAUGACCCUUCUGCUGCAAUAAGUGAGUUAGGGUGUUGUGGUUUGUUUUGUUUUUUAAGCAAAAAGACUUUGCUAUUAGCAAAAGCAGGGAUCCUAACACUGAUUAUACAGCUGUAUCCAUUCUCCAGAUUUCUUUAGCUGGUUUUUGCUUUGUACACUUUUUCAAAGUAUAUAUGUUUCCCAGCAGUCAGUGGAAUGGUUAGCUUGACAAUACAAAGAAAAUGCUAACACUAAAGGGAGAAGGGGGGAAGCCAGCGAUGAUGAAAAUGUGUGUAAGGCUUCUCCUAGGUAUACACUGUUAGAAAACUAAACAUGCAAGAGUGAUUUAUAUGUUUCUCUCAAUCGUGCUGUCAAACAGCUGUAUUUCGAAGAAGAGGUUUUUUUGCUCCUUUAAUCACAAAUACCACAAUAUAUAAAAUGAAAAAAGUUUAAGACAUAAGCCUGAAAAUACCCUCUGUAGUAUAUGGCAUAGCAACAGAAUGAUGUCUAAAUCAAGAAAAAGCUCCUUAGAUAUUGCUCCAAGGUUAAAGAGAAAUUCCUAUGGACCUUGUGAAGAUGCCAAGUCAGUUAGUGUCAUAUCUAGUUUGUAACGACAGGCGUUCUUAAAGGAAAUUAGCUUUUGUUGUCAUAAAAUGUGCAUGCACACACACAAACACACGUAUAUACAUGUUCACAUACACUUGUUUACAAAAAAAUCCAAUUUCCUUCACAUGUAUAUAUAUAUAUAUUUACUGUUAUGGCUUUAAGUUUCACAUUGCAAAAAAGAGUGAGGCAGAGACCAAAGACUUGCAGAAAUUCAUCACUUGCCUAGUUGCCAUCACCCCUGAAAGGCACUAACUUUAACAGUGCUUUUUGGACCUGGGCAGGAAGAAUACAGGUUUAUUGCAUGGCUGCAUCUGAGCGAAUAAAAUGGCAGGAAGAUUCUAAUUUUGUUGAUGGGGAGAAAAGGAAAUAAUGUGAAAUUAUUUAAAUGCAUACAGAAGGCAGGGAUACCUGAAAUUUGAAAGAUGAAGAAAUAUGGUACAGUAUAAGAAUUUUAAAAGAUGCUGUCCGAGGCUGAAAGUAUAAAUAAACCGAGUGAGUAUUAUUGGCUGUUCACUUAGCUGCAUUCAAGCAGUAGCAGAUGAGGAACUCUGGCAGUGGUAACGGGACUGUGGUGGAUUCAUCAAGAAGAGGCAUGGUGCACUUGGGCUCCGUUUCAGUGGCGACACUAGAAAGACCAGAGGGGCUACUGUAAUAAGGCCAUCUGAAUCUUUAGUCGUAAGAAUUUGUAAUUACCCUGCUCAGUAUAGAAACGUAAGUGUGUCAUAAUGCUUUCAUUUUUGAAGUGCAUACAGUGAAAACAAAAAAGUUAGAGGCUCUGCUCUUUUAUUUUUAUGGCUGACAUUUUAAAUUUCAAAAUGUCAUCAUCCAGAAUGCACCUGAGCAAAUGUAGGGAGCAUUUCUGUGAAGCACUAGCAAUCAGCAGAUCAGUACUUUUCAAAUGUGAAAACAGCAGUUUUUUUAUCCUCGUUGUUGUAGAGGCGUGCAAUCACAGUAACAUUUAAGUUUUCCCCAUUUUAACCUUUUUCAUCAAUUCUAAAACUGCUGUGUAAUAUUUUGGUAGCCAGUGUUCUGUCCACACACUGGGCCACGUUCAGGUGGCCUGCACCCCCCAAAUCCCUGAUCCUGGCGUUUCUCAUUCUCUCAUGCCUCUGAAGACCAAAAACAACGAGUAGGAAGCAUGGGGCAGUGGCACCUAAGUAGAAAUUAGGCCUUCUGCACAGAAGUUGCAGUGUUUUCACAGCUGAUGUAGCCAAGUCUAUGGCUGUGUUUGGAGCAGGGUUAAACACUGAUGUGGCACCAAUGAAUAGUUUAUUCAAACAAGAGUGAAGUGAAUUAAAUAAGGCAGGUAGAAAGGAGAGAGAAGAAAAGGUAACAAAUAUCACCCUAAUCACAAUAAUGGAACAGACAUCUUUGCUUACGCUAUUACAUUUUAAAUUAAUAUUGGCCAUUUUACUAAAUACAGUAGCAACUACGUUGAUCUUGCGUGGUUCACAGUGAAGUUAUCGUCACUGAAACCACUUAACAGCUUGGGCUGUUUUUUAAGAUUGCUAGGGUGUUGUUUCCAUCCGCAAUAACCACAGUGGCUUGGGGCUUGGAUAGAAAUUAUAGUGAAUAGCUUGUAUUUAGAAAGCUUUUAAAUCUACUGAGGUUGAGAUGCAUGUAGUUAUGCACAUAGAGCCCUGAGGCUUUAUCAUUUAAGACUUUCUUGUCCUGCCACUUGAAUUGUAUUGUGCCCUUGUGAACAGUGGCACACUUUCUUUAUACAGGAAAAGAUGGAUAUUUAAAGCUGCAGGAUUUUUAUCUAAAGUGAAGAAGCAAAUGCAAUCAUUGCAUACCACUGAGAUUUCCUAUCCAAGUGACUUUAAACUAGAGAUGCGAGUCGCUUAAAAAUUUAUUUGCUACAAGUGUAAUUCCUGCCGGAAAGCUAUCGCUGUUGUCGCUCUGAGGAAACGUCUCACCUUAUUGCAGUCCAAGGUGCUGUGGUGGCUGUGAGUGUCUGUCACAAGCCCGCUAGUAGGUCAGGAGCGGUGUGCUGCCUGGUCACAGGAUGCAGGAGCUCCUUUGGGGCAACUGGUCCCCAUGAAUAGGGUGAGUUAAUUGUUAGUUUUUAAUGAGUAUUAAAAAUGGGAAGGGUAUGUCCACUAUGAAACUAUACAUAAAUCUAUGCUUGUCUUGCAUUUAAUUUGUUUAAUUUUUCUGCCAUAAAACAGAAAGCAGAAGAGGGAGAGAUUUGUGCAGAAGUGUUACGUUUGCGGUGUGCCCUGCUACCAAAAGCUUAAGAUAAAGACAUGGGGCCUUAAAAAAACAGUCUUUUUUUACUAAGAUAAAAAAGACACUUUGGAGCCUUACAUCAGCUUCUUCCCAAAUGGAAAGUCUCACCAUUGCUAACACAUUUGCCAUUAUAGGAAUAGGCCCAUUGCAAAGCAUAAGUCGUGUGCAUCUUUGCAUGUAACAGGAAUUUAAAAUUGCAUUAUACUCUCACAUUUUUUGCCCCAUUCAAAAGGCUUAACUGCUGAUAAGAGAUAAAGCUUUCUGAGGCCUGCUACUGCUAAAUGCAUUAUCACUUUCUAAAGCAAUGCAGUUUCUUUAGUCUUUUAAAGAUUUCCUCAUAACGGAGUCCUUGAAACAUCUUGAGGCAGGCUCACACUGGAGAGCAAAAGAAUAAUUAUUUGUGGGCGGUUCUAUUUUUAUCAAAGGCUGGAUUAUAGUUGAAAAAAUGUUGCUGUUAGAGUUCCUCCCACACUUAGUUAGCUAUAAACACCACCUCCACCAACGCUGUAACUAGCUUUCUUACAGGAUAGCUGCCGACAGAGGAAGGAGUUAGCAUCUUUCACUAAGAAAGAGCAUGCCAAUUAUGUCUUCUUCUGGGUCCUCCUCUGGGUUUGUGCAGCUAACAGCUCUUGAUAUCAAUGCUAGUGAUGUAAUGGAUAAUAAAACACUUUGACAGUAUUAAUGAUUUGACAGAUUACAUGCACAUGCAGUCUAAAUGGUAUAAAUAACGGUGAUAGUUACUGGUUGCUGUCCUAACAAGCCUCUGAACGCCUUGUGAGCAGCAGUAGCAGUGCCAGAAGGUGCAAGGGAGUAGCUCUUGGAGCCAACUGUGCUUCUGUCCUGGCAAUACCCUCAUGGAGCCGAGCAGUCCCCCCGGGAGGGCAUCCCGGCGCUUUCCCUCCAUGCAGGAAGGCUUCGAGGUGGGGAGGUCGGUGGGUGGCUUUGCCCUUUCUCCUUGGUCUCUGUCUCAUGGACAGGCCCUCUGAGCUAGGAAUGGGAGUGAGGAGGGAUGCUGCAUUGAGGGCCUAGGCUGGAGCAGUGCUGCAGGGCCUCCCGCAGCACGGUGAUUGGACUCGGUAGCUGGUGCAAGCGUAAAUGAGAAUUUGGCUCAUUUGCUCAGUGGCAGCCCGCCCUGGCCAAGGGUUUGGGCCGGAAGGUUUUGAGCCUUUCAUGCAACUGGAAGGAGUCUGUCCACCCUGUCAAAAUCCCAGCCUGGGCUCUCCUCAGGGCGGCACAGGGAUGGGACUUCUCAUGCCUCUGGGCUUUCCCUAAGGAAAGGGGCUGGAGCAAAGAGCUGUGGCCAGUCUUUGCGUAGCUGCAGAGCUCCACCAGGGCUGGUGCAGGCGGAGCAGAAGAGCUCGCCGUACCGGGACUGGGCUCUGCUGCUCUCCCUCCACGUUAGAUCGGGGCCGUGCCACUGGCAGCGAACGGCUGCGAGGUGCUGCUGGAGGGAUUUGCUUUCUUGUGCCCUUUUGUGGGUUAUCGGAGAGAGCACAGAAGGAAGGAUUAACGAAUCCUGCCCUUGCUCAGCAAAGUAAGAGCAUGCCAGCAGCCUCCUAAAGAGCAAUUACCGUACGCUGUGUUUGCUGAAGGAGGGUGCAGCUGAUAGCGUUCACACGUGGAUUUCUUUCUGAUUGAGAGCUUUCCCUGAGUCGUGAGCCAGAGCUGCAGCUGAGCUGUGCGGUAGCUUGGGAGCAGGGCUGGGGCUGACCUGCUGGAGCUUAUUUUAAUUCUUUGCCUUGUGGGAGUGGUGGUGCUCGAAUGCCGAUAGAAUUGUUGAUGUUAACCCGAUAAAUGCUCCGCGUAGGUAAAACCAACAGCGAAACAACUUUCUGUAAGACUUGAAGCAAAACCCCAUCCAUCUACAACUAUAGCAUAAAAGGCAUGAUCCAUAUGCUGUAGCAGUUUUCAUCUGUGAUGAUAAAAUACCUUGUCUGACCUCUACUCUGAUAACCACCAAUGACGUUGAUAGUGUAAAGAGGACAAAAUGAAGUUGAAGUCUUAUCGCAGUUCUCAUUAAGAAAUUCAGACUGGUUUGGCUUUUUAUUUUCUUUUUAAUUUAUGUAUGUGUGUGGUUGUGUGGGAAAAUAUACAGCUUUUUUUUUGUAUCAAAUAACAUCAAUCCUUGCACACUCUAUGCAAAAUUUUGUAAGCAUUGCAAUAAUGCUAUGAAUUACACAAGGAACUAUUUUAACUUUAUUACACUUUCUGUAUAAAAAAAUUUGUAUUUAAAUGAUUUCAAUUGCAAUCUUGUAAAAUAUAUUAAUAAAAUAAUGAUUGUUAAGAAGGAAA